UGUCAUGACCGCUAUUUCCGGUGGAUUUGUCAACAUAACGUGACCAACAAACAAGUUUAUUUGAUCAAUUAAUCACAGGAGUUCUCAUAUUUUAAAUAGCUGUGCUGUAGUUACCUAUAUUUUCAGUAAGUUUAAUGUAGGGUGGACCACAUGGACAGCCCCUUAGUGGUCAAUGAAAAUUAGGUCAUUUUCUUCAGCGUCACUAGUGAUCUGUCACAACAUCACUCGUGAGUCUCCAUAUCCUCCUCUGUAGGUUUUUCUGUGUCCUACCAAACACACAUCAGUUUUCUCACAUGACAAUCUAUGUGUGGAGUUCACUUCACUGACGGAAGAAAGUGGAAAAUAUGUAUUUUUCUUUUAUUCUUCUCAUUUAUGCUGCCGGUGUUGCGGUUAAAGAAAGUUGUGCAGAUUUGGUUCCCACUCCCACUAUUGUAUUGUCCCCUGGGUACAUCAAUGUAGCUACACCUGUUACAGUACGCUGUGAGUCACCAAAAGGCACAGAGUGCAAAUUCCACAAAGAUCACGACCCCAACCCUAUAAGGAAACUGGAUUACAAGCAGAGUGCUUGCCAGUUCAAGUUGUUCUGGAAUGAGUUCAAAAGGUGGAACAAGACUGAAGUAGAUCUCAGCUGUGUAAUUCUACAGAACAGAGAAGGUGAAACGAUCAAAACCUCAAAACAUAGUGAUGCUCGAAGACUUAAUGUGAGUGAUCCAAUUGGAAAGCCCAGUGUUCAUGUGUUGAAGAUUGGGAAAUACCUCACUGUUCGAUGUGAGGCCAAGGCUGGCACCUCUUGCUACUUUUAUCUGAACAAUGGUGACUCACACUUUAAAAAACUACCCUACAAAGACGUUGUCUGUUUGGGGAGAGUGGCAGAAGAGGAACUGCAGAGGAAGAGGAGCAGUGCUGGAGAGAUCUUCAUCACUUGUGCUGUGGAGCUGGUGGUAGAGGGUGAAGAUACUGUGACAUCACAGCAUAGUGAACCCCUAGGUAUCACCAUAGAUGGAGCUACUAGUUCCCCACCAACGUUCAGUUUAAUCAUAACUGGUCAGGAGAAGACAAGCAGCAAUGUCACACCCCAAGGAAAAGGUACAAGGUUCCACGUCGUCAUCAGUCUGGGUACUUGUUCCCUUUUCCUGGUUCUGCUAGCUGGGUGUGUGCUGUGUGUUCUCCAAAGCAAGUGUGGGGUUCAAGGCAGGCCUGUAAAUACUGGAAGCCCACCUGAACAGCAAGACCAGACCCCAGCAUGUGUCUAUUCUGUCAUCACAAAGCCUUCUAGGGAUGAGGAAGAGGACACUUGUCUGCAAUACGCUACAGUGACAUAUACCGGUGACCGAGCUAGUCAUCAAUAUGCAACAGUGACAUCUACCGGUAACCAAGUUGAACCUGGGCGUACCAAGAUCAAGUUUGAAAUAGCUGGAGAGUACGCCCUCUUGGCAGAAUCAUAGAAGAAUAAAUUUUUCUGGAUAACAUGUUUGCCAUAGUUUACAGUUACAAUCCUAUAUUUUGUUUUCAUAUUGGACCAUAAUUUACUCAUAGUACAAAAACAAAUCCUGCCACAACAUCAAAGACUAAAGAUAUCUACUCCUUUCUGAAAACAAGCAUCUUCAACUAUUUGCAUUUUAGGUUAAAUGAAAUAAAUGAAAAGUACACUGUCUGAAACAUAAAAUAAAUAUUUUCCUUAAUUGA